GCGCGCAGCCUCGUCCCGCGGCCGGGCCGGGGCCGGGCCGGAGCGGCGGCGCCUGGAUGCGGACCCGGCCGCGGGGAGACGGGCGCCGGCCCCAGAGCGACUUUCGGUCCCCGACGCGCCCCGCCCGACCCCUAAGAUGAAGAGGGCGUCCGCCGGAGGGAGCCAGCUGCUGGCCUGGGUGCUGUGGCUGCAGGCCUGGCAGGUGGCAGCGCCUUGCCCGGGUGCCUGUGUGUGCUACAACGAGCCCAAGGUGACAACGAGCUGCCCACAGCAGGGCCUCCUGGCUGUGCCCACCGACAUUCCGGCCACCAGCCAGCGUGUCUUCCUGCACGGUAACCACAUCGUGCACGUGCCAGCCACAGGCUUCCGUGCUUGCCGCAACCUCACCAUCCUGUGGCUGCACUCAAAUGCACUGGCCCACAUCGAUGCCACUGCGUUUGCUGGCCUGGCCCUCCUGGAGCAGCUGGACCUCAGCGACAACCCACAGCUGCAUGCCGUGGACCCUGCCACGUUCCAUGGCUUGGGCCGCCUGCACACCCUGCACCUGGACCGCUGUGGCCUGCGAGAGCUGGCUCCCGGCCUGUUCCGUGGCCUGGCUGCCCUGCAGUAUCUAUACCUGCAGGACAACGGGCUGCAGGCCCUGCCCGACGACACCUUCCGCGACCUGGGCAACCUCACUCACCUCUUCCUGCACGGCAACCGCAUCCCCAGCGUGCCUGAGCGCGCCUUCCGCGGCCUGCACAGUCUCGACCGCCUCCUCCUGCAUCAGAACCGCGUGGCCCGCGUGCACCCCCAUGCCUUCCGCGACCUCGGCCGCCUCAUGACACUCUACCUGUUUGCCAACAACCUCUCAGCACUGCCCGCAGAGGCCCUGGCACCCCUGCGUGCCCUGCAGUACCUGCGGCUCAACGACAACCCCUGGGUGUGCGACUGCCGUGCACGCCCGCUCUGGGCCUGGCUGCAGCAGUUCCGAGGCUCCUCGUCCGAGCUGCCCUGCAGCCUGCCCCUGCACCUGGCAGGCCGUGACCUUAAGCGCUUGGCCACCUCUGACCUGGAGGGCUGUGCUGUGGCCACAGGGCCCUCCCAUCCCUUCUGGACCGGCGGGCCUGCUGGUGAGGAGUCACUGGGACUGCCCAAGUGCUGCCAGCCGGACGCCGCAGAUAAGGCCUCAGUGCUAGAGGCUGGGAGCUCAGCCUCGGCUGGCAAUGCGCUCAAGGGACGGGUUCCGCCUGGUGACAGCCCGCCAGGCAAUGGCUCUGGCCCACGGCACAUCAACGACUCUCCCUUCGGGACCCUUCCUGGCUCUGCUGAGCCCCCGCUGACCGCACUGCGGCCUGGGGGCUCUGAGCCCCCAGGGCCCCCCCCCACAGGUCCUCGCCGCAGGCCGGGCUGCUCCCGCAAAAACCGCACCCGCAGCCAGUGCCGUCUGGGCCAGGCAGGCGGGGGUGGCGCUGACACGGAGGGCUCCAGGGCCCCAGGCACCACCUGCAGCCUUGCUCCACUAGGCCUGGCACUGGUGCUGUGGACGGUACUCGGGCCCUGCUGACCCGCCUUUCUUGGCAGCCAGUGUGUGUACAUACGGGGCCCCUCCACGCGGCCAGCCAGCAUGGGUGGCGGGCCCUCCCUGAAGGACACCCCUGACCCCCACCCCGUCUCCACCCCAUCAUGUUUACAGGGGGUGGCCGCGGUGUUUGUUCCAGAACACUGCCUCCCUCCCAGAUCGCGGUACACAGAGAUAUGCAUUUUAUUUUACUUGUGUAAAAUUAUCGGACGAUGUGGAAUAAAGAGCUCUUUUCUUAAA